UGGGGAAGAGUAUGGGAGCGGUAGUUUUUGAAACUAUAGAACUGAAAGUAUUUAAUUUUUCACCUCGGUAAAAUGCCGGUCACGGAGAGCUUGAGGUGUUAUUAAACGCACCGGUGGUGAACUCCAUCAUCACCUCCGCUUCCUCGUUUCGCUACUGAUCCCUACCGCUCCCCGUUUUAUUUCACAUCCUCACCAUUUUUUUUUGUUUCAAAUUUUCCGAACGUAUCCGAAUUCGCGCGCUCGAGAAUCCCCAGGGGAAAUUAGUCCCCGUUGAUUCAUCGGAGAUUGGAUCCGCUGAUCUCUUCGACUCGAUCUCGGGAUCCUCUUUCCGACGAGCUUCGUUUCGAUCGAAUCCGUGCUCUCGGGGUCGGGUUGUUGGAUGACGCCGCGAGUUGCCGAAUGGAGAGGAGAUCGGAAGUGGCAGCUGCGGGAAUGAAUUCUGAUGGUUCUGUAGCUCCGGCGGCGGCGGCGGGGCCUUCGAAGAAGGAUCGGCAUAUCGUCAGCUGGACUCCAAAGGAGGAUGAUCUGCUCCGAGAGCAAGUCGCUCUUCAUGGAACUGAGAAUUGGACGAGAAUUGCAGCUCAAUUCAAGGACAAGACCGGCAGACAGUGCCGAAGGAGGUGGAACACGUACUUGAAUGCAGAGUGCAAGAAAGGUGGAUGGUCGCCAGAAGAGGACAGGCUUUUGUGUGAGGCUCAGAAGGUUUACGGGAACAGAUGGACCGAGAUUGCAAAGGUAGUCUCGGGCAGAACAGAUAACGCAGUCAAGAACCGAUUCUCUACCCUCUGCAAGAAAAGAGCGAAGCAUGAGGCUUUAUCCAAGGAAAAUAACGGUUCAUGCCUGAACCCAAAUAAUAAGAGGGUCAUAAUUCAAAAUGGAUGCAUCACAGCUGAGACAAGGGAGUUAUCAUUACCCACUAAGCAGAUCAGGUACCAUAUUUCAGAUCUUAAAGAAAAUAAAAUAAGCGAAGAAUAUCUUAGGAAACAUGGAAUGAACAAAGAUCAACUACGGCCUCCUCUGGCAGUGCUUGCUCAAAACUCUAACAUUGCAGGUGAGUUGCCGACUCAUGUUGGCAAUGACUUGAGGACAGCAGUACAUAAUGACAACAAGACUAGAGCUACCUUUAUUAAAAAGGAUGAUCCAAAAUUAACCGCGUUGCUUCAGCAAGCCGAGCUGCUUAGUUCCCUUGCACAAAAAGUUAAUGCAGAAAACACCAAGGAGAGCCUUGAGGAUGCCUGGAAGGAAAUCCAAGACUACGUCGCCCAAACAGAAGAGAGUGGAAUGCUGAGCAGGAAAAUAUCUGGUACAGAUUUUGUACUUGAUGACUUCAGGGACCUGAUAGAGGAACUAAUGAGCAGCGAUUCAAUAGGUUUGCAAUCUUUGAGGCAAUCCGAUUUGCAUGAAAACAGUCGACAAAGCUCUGAGUGCCGCACAGGGUCAACCGGCCACUUUAAUAAUCAGGGAAAUGAAAGGGAUCAUCAGAUCGAUGAUAGUUCAUUUGACAAUGACCCUGAGGUCACUGGUCCUCAUGAAGAUGCACAGUGUUUGGGUAUAACUGCUUGUCAAGAGGAAGUCAUGCCUCCUAUUACAAAGUCAAAGGAGAAUGAUGAAAAUAUUUGUGAUAUUUCAAAUUCAGAGUUUGCUUCACCUCUUCUGACAACUCCACCUUUCCAAUCGUUAGCAGAAGGGAUUGCAACCCCAAAAUUUACAAGUAGUGAGAGGCGUUUCUUGUUGAGUGUAAUUGGCCUGCCAUCACCAGCUCCCAGCCCCAAAUCAUCUCAACCACCGGCCUGCAAAAAGGCUCUUCUUGAUAGCCUCUGACCAAUCAGUAAAAAUUCUAGGUCUUUUUACAUCUCUCUUAGCAUUUUCUUAUUUUAGAAGUUCUAAGGUAUCAUUAUCCCAAUAUUGUGGAUUUGUCUUGCUGCUUUUUUUUCAUGAGCCAUAGACCUUCUGCUUGUUUUUCAUCAAAGUUGUUCUUAGGUGUGCGAGUAUGUUUCCCGGUGCUUUGAAAUGUUCCUUUGGCCUUCUAUUGUAUUAGUCUUGUUUGUUUCCAUAUCCUUUUUGGGUCGAGCUAAGCAUUUGUACUCUCCCAUUCUUUAUUCUUCUUAUAGGGUGGUUGUGCUCUAGCCCACCUUAGGCAGUUUGGUUUGUCAUUGGUUGUAGAUAAACUACAUUAUAGAGUUGUCAUGUUGUAAUCAUUAAAGCUUUGUUCAUUAAAAAGUGGAUGAAGGACCAGGGAUGUCCUCAUUGGUUUGAUCUGAUGUGUAAGAUAUGGAAUAAGGAAGCUCUGUUGGUUGUCAUGUCUUUAACCAUUCCUUGUAUCUGUUUGCCUAGAGAAUUGGUUCUUUAUUGUGUCCUAUAUGAUUCCCUUUUCUCCCUGAUGUAGUUGAGUUUUUUCAGUUUCUCAGGCAUUUGUAGAACUGUAAUUAGACAUGAGAAUGUGUAAUAUAUAUUGGUGUGUUGGAAAUCAUUAUUUUCA